AUGAAGACGAAGCUAGAUAAAUCGCAUGGCAGCGGCAAUCCCUCGAAAUGGACCUGGAAAGGCACUGUCGAGGUGACUGACAACUUCAAUUUAUCAAACGCAGAAGAAGGGUGCUCAGAGAUUAUAUUUGAUUACGAACAUGCAGUUGGAGGUUUACCUUUCAUUGAGACAAGUUCAGUAGUGAGCAAUGGCGGGGUUGUUGAGAUUGAGGUCGUUUUCAGCGAGACGUUCGCUGGACUGCAGAGUGAAACCGGUGACGGACCCUUCUUCUUGUUCUCGAACGCCAUGGAUACCUACAGAGUCCACACACAAACCCUCGAGCCCUCCAAAGUCCGAAAGCUAAUUCACUUGCCGUUUGCCCAGCGAUCCCAAAGGUAUCAAAAAAUUAUACUGAAGACACCCAAUUCAUCGGUUUCUAUAGCCUCUCUUGGAUGUACCCAUACUCGCCCUCCUAAUCCUACGGUGAAUACAUUUUCUUGCUCAAACGAGAAACUGAAUAAGAUAUGGACAGAUGGUGUGCGGACAGUGGAUGGGUGCACUGUUGAGGCGGAAGAAACUACAGAGGCCUGGGAAGUGACUGAAGAAGGUACUCAGAUAUUGGGACAGCAUUGGGCACCAUGUCGGCAUGGCACGAGAUGGGGAGACACAACUGUGGAUUUCGAGGUCAAAAUCGAGAAAGGAGGUGCAAGUUGGGGAGUUCAUAUGGUAGCCAACGGGUUGAUCUUCUGUCUGGACAUUGCAGAACGAUCACUUGCAGCUUUUGAAGGACUUUCGGAUACGAAUGGAGUCUUUCCCUCCAUCCCCCGAGGACAAUGGGCUAUUACUGAGGAGUUGGAUCUUGAAGACUGGAUCUCAGUCAAGACAGUCACAAAGGGGUCCUCAGUUUCAGUGCAAUUAAAUAGGAUCGAAAUAUCGACUAUUGGAAAUUUGGAUAUUCAUCCGAUUUUGGGCGGCAGCGGUAACAAUACUGGCUCGGUGGCUUUCGGUGGACCCCAAGGUUAUAUUUCAGUCUUUCGGUCACUACAGGUGACGGGCUUUGCAGGCCAAAUUCUUUACAGAAACAACCUUCUCCUCGAAGACAAAUCGCGGACCUUCACGGAUUUCGCUGUUGGAACCAAUGCUCUGGCAUGCACAAUUGAUGGGGCCAAACGAGACCGGGCUCUGUUUGGCGGUGAUUUGUUCGUUAUGGGCCGUUCUAUCUGUUAUUCAACGGCCAACAUGGAUGCGAUAUUGGGAAGCAUCAAACUCCUGACCAGUCAUCAAACUGAAGAUGGAUAUCUGGGAAAUUUAUGCCCAAUUCAAGCCCAGGUGUACACGGAUACUGAAGAACCUCCAACAUAUGCUUUUUACUCUCUGAGAUACGCUUUGCUUCUGGUUGUAGCCAUUAAAGAUUACUGGAUGCAUUCUGGGGAUAUCGCUAUUAUACAGUCAGUAUGGACAAGGCUCGAGAAGUUGAUUGCUUUCACGGACAGGUUUACAGAUGCAAGAGGGCUUGUUAUGGCACCACCUCCCCUCUCCAUGGACUGGUUUCCGAUAGGAGGACCGAUAUUCGGUGCUUCUGGGAAGGUCAAUCUCGCUUUCUACGAUGCAUUGAGAUCCAUGAGCAAGAUGUGCAGCGCAGUUGAUAUCAAGGAUACUUUCUCAGCUCGAGCAGAUCUUCUAAAAGAUAGCCUCCUGUCUCACCUGUGGAAUGGCGAGGCUGGAAUAAUGCGAAUGAGUGACAUCUCUUCAGAAACAGGUAUUUGUCAAGAUAUAAAUGCGUAUGCAAUCACGACUGGCAUCGCUCCGCCGCAUUCCAAGUCGAUAGCGACUUUGGCCGCACCAAAGGAUUCCACACUGCCUCGUGCAUUUCUAGGCAUUGACCGAUGGGACCAAAAGAAGGUCGUAAGCCCAUAUGCUUCAGGGUUCGCAGCUGAAGCUCUGUUCGAACGCUCGUGUGGAGGCGAGGCCAUUGAACUUUUGGAAAUGGUUUGGGGUAUCAUGGCAGAUAGGACAAAUCCGAACUAUUCAGGAGGUCACUGGGAGGCCUUAAAGCCUGAUGGAACCCCGAUUACUGAUGAUACAUCCCUCAUGCAUGGCUGGUCUACUUGGCCAGUCUAUCUUCUCCCUCGUUAUUUGGGUGGUGUCCAGCCACUUGAGGCGGGUUGGUCGAGCUUCAUGGUCAAGCCCGUCCUCGCCAGUUUAGAUACGGUUGAUGUCCAGCUUUCGACACCAGCGGGCAAGAUCGGCGUUCAUUUAGACAUCCAAGAGUGUUUGGGGGCUGGAGACAUUAAGGUGACGGUGCCGCUUGGCUCUCAUGCGAAGGUGUUCGCUCCAGAAGGAUGGAUCAUUGUGCAUUCGGAGGAGAACGCUGGGCCUGAUUCAUUGUCCCAAGAUAUUGUUGGACAAGAGGCAGAGGUAAUUAUUAGAAUACGCCUUGUCAGCGAAGAUCUUGAAGCAUCGGACAACACUCCUUCAGAAAGGCGGAAACCGUCGAAGAAGUCUGUCAGUUUCGUCAAUGCUGAAGAGACUGAAAAUAUUUCAGUCUGUGGGGACAAAAAGCUCCACAGAAGUUCGUUCAAACAGUCUAACAUACUGAAACGGUUGCAUAGAUGGCUCACCUAA